GCUACACCUGAAGUUAGCUGCAUUUUGUGCUGAAGUUUCGCGGUGAAAUUGUGUUCAAAGGUGCCAAAUUUGGGUUGGUUUUCUGUGUUGCGUGGCCAACGUUUGGCUAUACUUUACUUUCCUAUUUUCCAACGUACCGUGCCGAUAGUGUAUGAUUAUCGAUGCAUCGAUGUGAUUUGAAGUCAAAUAUUUCAUAAUGGUGAUCGCGGCAUAAACUGCUCGGUGGUGACCUGAAUGUUUUUUUAUUUUUUUACAAAAGUGCGCGAGAAGCGAGGAUUAGCCCGCAACCAACUAAAAAAGGUCAUUUAAACCGACUCAAGGCUAAGACCCGUACGCUUUUCGCUAACCAUAAAAAGAACCAGUUCAGUGCCUUGCAGUGCCCAGUGCUCUGUAGUCGUGAUCCGUGCACAAGAAGACGAGUUUCUCAAAGUUCCGGGGCGCAGAUCAACCCAAAAAGAAACAGUGCAGAAAACGGCCGAAAAAGAAAAGCAGCGACUGUAGGAGGAGGCUUGCUUCGAAUACGGUCGACGACGCUGAAAUUCUUCUCUCCAGUUAUGGAAUGAGGACGAAAGUCCAGGAGAAGAAAGGAAAAAUGUCAUCGGAUGAACAGCAGCAGCAGCACCAGCAGCAGAACCAAAUUCCCAACAUUGCCGGAACGAUCCUAAUCGGUGGUAUCGGUGGCCUAGAUGGUGGCCCGCAGAAGCAGGCACAAUCACAGCACAAUCAGCACCAUCAGCACCUGCAGCAGCAGCAUCAUCUGCACAGCUACGCCCAUAUCCUACCUCAUCUGCAUCAGUUCAGCACGAUGACCAGCUCAAACCCGGCCAGCCUAACCGGUGGCACCGGCGCUUCGAAACUGCCCUCGAAAAGCUCACCACUCGGACCGUCCCCCUUCCGGCAGCUGCUCCCAGUGACGCUUUGCAUCAUAUCGUUUGCGACCGUGCUCAGCAUACUGAUUAUCUACAUGGACACCACGGAAAUACGCCACCAACAGUUCCGGCUGAAUAUGUCGCGUGACUACGAUCUGAUGGGGGUACCGCAGGACAAUCCGGCACUCGUCAAGUACGUACGGGAUAUACACAUGAAAAAGUACCCGAUGACGUUCAUGCGCAACGCGAACGCGCCGGUGGAGCAUUUGAACUUUACCAACCGGCACGAGCUGACACCGGAGAUGGCACACCUGAUAUCGGACCUGCUUGGCCGGAAGCGUUUCGGGACGUUCUUCCAGUCGUUGACCGGUAACAGUGAUGCGAUGAUGACGGCCCCGUGGCUAGCGGAGACGAUGAACUGGGGCGGCUACCUGGUGGAACCGGAUCCGCGCAAAUAUUUUUCGCUGCGCAAACAGAACGCCUUCCGCUCGAACGUGCAAGUCAUUCAUGCGUGCCUUUCACCGAACACGUACCCGAAGGAGGUGACGCUGCACCACGACGACGACAGUGAGGUGCAGAUAAACAGCGUGCUGGACGAAGAGACGGAAUGGUUUCACCCGCGUGUCAAGUGCUUCCCGGUGUACACGCUAAUGCUCGCCGUCAAUCGAACAUCGAUCGAUUUGCUCAGCCUUGGCUGUCACGGACAGGAAUUGCAGAUUCUUCAAACCAUCCCCUUCGACCGUGUAAACAUUAAAGUGAUCUCAAUUCAUCUGGUACAUUACUACGAAGAGGACGAAAUGAUUAUCGACGUUGAUGAGUACGUGCAGAGCAUCGGACGCUUCCUGAUGAGCAAAUCGUACAAACUGGUACGUAGCAUGGAUCGCAACUUUAUCUAUCAGCAUCUGUCGGUGCUUUCGGCAGCGAAACAACGCCAACGUCAACAGCAACAGCAGCAAUCGUUUUCCGUGGCCGAUCAUAUGCUUCUGUCGCAGCAACAACCCGUCAUAUUACCCCGUGGCAAUGCUAUCAACUCCGUUGAAAAGCCCGACGCUACAAUGGCCUUCCGCAAGGGUCAGGAAGUGAGCGGUAAUAAUGGAGGUAGCAACGGAAAGGUACCCGUCUCACUAGCAUUGCCAUCCUCGACAUCAACUACUACAGCACCAUCAACUACCACCUCUACGACGCCAGUAUCGUCCACGAUCGGCUCAACCGGAGGUGUUAAUUUGGCGUUUAGCUCGGAACGAUUUGACAAACUAAUGUUGCUGCGCGGUGGAGAUUCCGAAACAUUCGAUGCCGGUAAUGCAGAGUUCAGUGUCAGUUCAGCCGAUUCGAGUGUACUCGAUGAUACCGAAUCCUCCGAUAGUGACGAUGCAACCCAACAGGAGCAGGAUCAACAACCUCAAGACAAGGAACUGGAUGUUGAUUUGGAGCAACCGGCAAUGACACAACCGCUGGCCGAUAUCGAAGAUGGUUCGGUGCUUGUCGCUGGUUCAUCAAUCACUCCGAUGGUAACAUCGUUGAAAUGAGAGAAGGACAUAUGAGAUACGAGCUCGACAAGAGCAAGCAAAAGAUAGAGAGAAAGAGAGAGAGAGAGAGAGCCAGUACGCUUGAAACGAAUUUUAUCAACUUAAAGCUACCAGUCCAGCAUUCCACAUUUUUAUUGUUUACACCUUAGCUGGCUAAAUGGCCCUGGACGAUGAUGGUGAUGAUGUGUGUGUACGUUUUUUGUGUACAUCAUACACUUCAAUCGCCCAUUAUCCAGACGGUGAUAUGAUAAAAAUUGCCUUAAUAUGUUCUAGCAUUACAAUUUUUCCUCCACUUGUAGUUUUCACCUAACCAGUACCCUGGAUGUGUACGAUAUGUGCGCAUAUUGUUCCGGCUGUUGAUGGUAGAAGGAACUUUCAUAAACAGUACCAAUACAACACUCCAAAGGCAGUGAACUAGAGGGGGAAAGUGGACGGAUGAAAACAUGCAUUUAACUUACAAUGAAAUCGUUUUCCGGUCGUCCCGGAUUGCUGUUGAAGAAUUUUUUAUCAUUUCAAGCAUUUUUUUAAAUCAUUUCCCGAAUUAAUUAUUUACCAUUUCCUGUAAAAUUAGAAUAACGGCAAAUUGAAGUGAGAUAGUAAUCUAUUUUGAUGUGUAAGAAUGGGAAAGUUUUUAUAUGGGGAAAACAUCUUUGAAUCGUGAAAGGAAAGCAAUACCGAUACAUUUCUGUCCUACUUAAUCGAGUACCGUAAAAUAUAGAGAUACCGUUUAGUGUAAGGUAGUAGGUGCAAACGCGUUAAAUACGUUAUAAAAUUUUAAACACUUUUCUACAAUGCGUCCUAGCUACAAUUUGAAUAUCUCUUUUUCGUUUGGAAAGUUUGGAGAGGCAAAAGAAGGAUGAUGAACACAUCCAAUGAAAUAACGAUUCCUUUACAACAUUUAUUACCUGUGCACUCGUUUGAAGCGUAUUUACAGAUAGUUACUAUUGGAGAAAAGAGUAGAAUUUAUCUCGCGAGACGGUAUGUUAAUCUUUCGACGCUAAAUAUUGGUGAAUAACAAAUGAAGUUGGGUAAUUCGCGGCGAUCGGUCUAUCUUUAUAUAUCUAUACAUAUAUUUAUAUACAUUACUACCGUUAAAGACUAUGCUCUCUUAAAUAGUUUUUUUCUCUCACGUUGUUAGAUGUUAGACGAAGGAGUGUAUCUCUCCCGUAACGAUAGAUUACACUAAUGUUCCGUAACUUUCUUUUCCGGGCUUUCUUACGGUAGGAAGUCAUUCAAAGCUCAAUACACGUGAUCUACCAUAUCAGAACGCUGGAUGAUUCCUAUUUUAAAACACAUUUUGCUCAGUACGAAAACAAAACUCUAAUAUCAACAACGUUCUACUAACAAAAUCGUCUCGAACAAGGCUCCCCAGUCAACGGGGUAAGACUGUGGAUAAGGAUUUUACAUAUGUGCUUUAGCUAUCUUAAUUGAACGAAUGUUCGGCGUAGUAUCUCAACCAUACUGUAACGGAAACACAACGGUGAAAUGAUCACGAGAUGAAACGAGUGUGACAAAAGAUGAGAAGUAAUGUAGUUUUAUACAUUCGUAGCCGCGGAACGAUAUCAUCUCCGUUUUAGCCCGUUAGCAUUUCCCACACUAAACCGGGAUCCCUCUAUCGGUAAGCAAUUAGCGCGUAAGAAAGUCGCAGAACAACAGAGCCGCUCCGCGGUACACCUUAUACUAUUACUGACCAUUUGAGGUUGGUGCUCGCGAUGAGCCUUGAUAGGAAGCAAACGAACAAUCUCGGGACAAUGUAAUA